AUGGGAUAAGAAUUUUAUAAUAUGUAAAAUAUUAAAAGGCAAAAAUCUCUUUUUGAUUAAACAUUUAGUUAAAGAGCAACAACAACAGCAGAAUCAAAAAGGACUUGCAAAAUACCUAUAUAGAUAAUUGAUUUCAAAAAUAAAUUUGAGACUUAUCUCUCUGGAUAAACUUCAUGUGUUGAUGUUAUUAAAUAUAAUAACAGCUUGCCAACAAAAAAAUAUAGAAAUGUAAACCUAAUAAUAAUAUUUAGAGCAUUUUAACAAAAAGAAAGACUCUUCAUAUUACAAAUACUAUUACUUAAUAAGAAACGAUGAUUGAUUACAAUGACAUCAAAGAAUUUAUUGUAAACCAUGAUUAAAACUAUACUGAAAUUAAGAAAACCCUAAAUACUCAGCCUUCUCUGCCAGAAAGAAAGUCCUCAAAAUAAGGAUUCAGAACUUACAUUAAAAGUGAUUAUUAAGAAAAUAAACGAUUAAAUCACUUGAAUUUAAUAGCAGAAGAUUAUCGAUCCUAAAUAAGAAAUAAUAAUUUAGUGUCUAGUCCUGAUUAGUUGAGUAUAAUAUUAGAUUUAUUGUAGUAUUUAAGAAUAAGAUCUAAGCAAGAACUAAACAUUUGGCAUUAAUCAGGUAUUUAUCGAGUUAAUUUAGACCUAAAUUGGACUCAGCACACAUACAGUCUCGAAUAAAAUAGUUAAAGUUGGAAAAUGGAACGAAAUAACCAAUCGUGGAUGUAUAUUAGAAAGUAAAAAUGAAAAUUUAGAUAAAAGCUAUUUCGGGCUACGUCAGAUCAUUUUCUAGAUGCUUUAAAAUUAAAUUGCAAUGUGAAAACAAAUGAGCUUCAUAAAAUGGGAGAAUUAGAUUUCUAUGAGUAAUAUUUAUCUAAAAAAUCAUUUAUAGGUUGGACAACAGAUAAAACUCAGUUUCAGAAAGACUUCCCAAAAAGUCUUAUAAGGGAAUUCAGAAAUCAUUGAAAUACAAUAAAAAUUGUCCAACAAAUCAAGUCGAUGAUUGCAUCCUUGAUGAAUCUAUAAUUUCAGAGACAGAAGGUUGUCUAUUAUUAUCAUUUAUAAGCUAAACUAAAUAUCUUUUAUGGCCAAAGCAAAGAUUAUUAAAAAAAAAUCAUGAAUAGAAAUGAAAAUCCAAAUAAAGUUGUAAACAUCAUUUCCAAAAUAGACUAAAUUAGAGAAAAUAUCUACAAAGUCAAUAAAAAUAAAUUAGAUUGUGAUUGA